UCUUUCUCAGUCAGCAAAAAUUAAAGUAAAAGUAGUGCAAAAUUCUCAAAAAUAUUUUGUGGAUUUUACUGACAAUUAGAAAAAAUUAAUUCGUCAGUUCAACCCGCGGUUACUGGCUAAAGUGUGGUGAGAGUGCAUUGGGUCACGCAGAACCUUCUGUUUAAAAAUCAGUGUCAUUAUUCCCGCAUUAUUAGAAUUAACGUUGAUAUUCUUUUCUAAAAAAUUGAUGACAAGAAUAAAACAAAACAUAUAUGUAUGUCCUAAAAGUAUCGUGAAAUUGUUUGGUGUUUAAAAGUUGAGGCAAUACGUUUACAAAGUCAUCAUUGUACCAUCUUUCGGACAUUAGAGUUGAUAACAUUUCUGCAAGUGUAUACACUAAACAUCCCUAUCCGCCCAUUGGAAAAAGUGAUUUUGUAAAAAAAAUAUUGGAAAGUUUUCGUAAUGCACUAUUUCAGCUGAUUAUUGGUGACUUAUAAAGAUCAAUCGACUAUCCGUAAAACAGGAUAGUCCGAGACGGAAUGGAAAAAUUUCCUCUGAAGGGAACGAAUCUUUCCACAUCAUCAACGCUGGUUGGCACUCAUCCUUUAAGUGCGGAUCACCCUUCUUAUCAGGCAGUAGGCAGAAAGGCUGCAUCUUCCCCGGCUAAUGAGAAGAGUUUCAUAAGUACGACAUCGCUUUCGGUAGCAUCGGACGACGGUAUGAUUGACAUUACGCCAAGCAGCGUAAGCAACCCCAACUAUCAGUACCAUUCGGCGGCGUCGAAUGGUGGGGGCAAUCGAGAGGACGGUUUGGGUGGCAGCGGUGGUGAGGGUACCAUCGGUAGCAGUGGGCUGGCUGGGGGACUGCACGCGAGCAGCGACAACAGCGUGCGGACUUCACCCACGCAUUCUCGAUUUGGGCGAGAUUUUCAUUCGGAUCAUGAGGGCAUCUCCUUUUCCGGGAUGACUGAUACUAGCGAUGACAUACCAGGGAUUGGUCAGUAUGACGAUUUUCAUACGAUUGAUUGGCAAAGGGAUAUAGCUCGUGACCGCAUGCGACACCGGUAUAUAGUGAAAAAGCGGCAAGAUUCGCUGUGGGAUCUAAUAAAGGGAGCACACGACGCUUCAUCCGGAUGGGUCUGUGUAUUACUAGUUGGUCUUUUCACUGGUUGCGUUGCUGGUAUCAUCGACAUUGGAGCAAGUUGGAUGACUGAUCUGAAGUUUGGAAUAUGUCCGCAGGCUUUUUGGCUUAAUCGGGAACAGUGUUGCUGGUCGUCAAACGAAACCAGCUUUGUAAGCGGUAACUGUUCGCAGUGGUACACGUGGUCGCAGAUCAUUACUUCCUCUCGCGAGGGAGUGGGCGCGUAUAUCAUAUCAUACUUUUUCUACAUUGCGUGGGCAAUGCUAUUCGCAUUACUUGCAGCCUCUCUGGUUAGAAUGUUUGCACCAUACGCGUGCGGUUCCGGUAUACCGGAAAUCAAAACGAUCCUUUCGGGGUUCAUCAUUCGCAGCUACUUGGGCAAGUGGACAUUAAUCAUCAAGUCGGUGGGGUUGAUAUUGGCAGUGUCAACUGGACUAAGUCUUGGCAAAGAAGGUCCGAUGGUACAUAUAGCAAGUUGUAUAGGAAACAUUCUGUCGUACCUCUUUCCGAAGUAUGGACGAAACGAAGCCAAAAAGCGUGAGAUUAUAUCAGCAGCUGCUGCUGCAGGCGUAUCUGUUGCCUUCGGUGCACCGAUUGGAGGAGUACUGUUCAGUUUAGAAGAAGUGUCCUACUAUUUUCCCCUGAAAACGCUGUGGCGGUCGUUCUUCUGUGCUCUGAUAGCGGCUUUCAUUCUGCGUUCCAUUGAUCCUUUCGGAAAUGAACAUUCAGUGUUGUUCUAUGUGGAAUACAACAAACCGUGGAUCUUUUUCGAGCUGGUGCCUUUCAUUGGCUUGGGAGUAAUUGGGGGCGUAAUAGCAACACUUUUCAUCAAGGCCAACUUGUGGUGGUGCCGGUUCCGAAAGUACAGCAAAUUAGGUCAGUAUCCGGUAACGGAAGUACUAGUUGUCACCCUGAUUACCGCGAUCAUUGCAUAUCCGAAUCAUUACACUCGUAUGAAUACGAGCGAGCUAAUUUAUUUACUAUUCAGUCAAUGUGGAAUAUCCAACAGCGAUUACCUUUGUGACUACAAUCGUAACUUCACCAAUGUAAAAUCGGCUAUUGAAAGCGCUGCAGCUGGUCCUGGCGUAUACAAAGCUAUAUGGUUGUUAUCGCUGGCACUCGUAAUGAAACUUGUAAUGACGAUUUUCACGUUUGGCAUGAAAGUACCAUGCGGAUUGUUCAUUCCUUCACUGGCUUUAGGUGCUAUUAUGGGUCGAAUUGUUGGCAUCGGAAUGGAACAACUAGCUUACCAUUAUCCAAAGAUCUGGAUAUUUUCCGGCGAAUGUUCAACGGGUGACGACUGUAUCACACCGGGACUAUAUGCCAUAGUCGGAGCAGCAGCUGUUCUGGGCGGGGUGACAAGAAUGACAGUCUCGCUGGUUGUAAUUAUGUUUGAGUUAACGGGCGGCGUACGAUAUAUCGUACCGCUAAUGGCUGCUGCUAUGGCUUCUAAGUGGGUCGGCGAUGCGCUAGGAAGACAGGGCAUCUACGAUGCACAUAUAGCACUCAAUGGUUAUCCAUUUUUGGACAGCAAGGAUGAGUUCCAGCACACAACCCUUGCUGCCGAUGUGAUGCAACCAAAACGCAAUGAAUCACUUUCAGUGAUUACCCAGGACUCAAUGACGGUCGACGACAUUGAAACCCUUCUCAAAGAGACUGAACACAACGGUUUUCCGGUUGUUGUGUCGAAGGAAAACCAAUAUCUCGUAGGCUUCGUUCUACGAAGGGAUCUUAAUCUCGCAAUAGCCAACGCACGACGUAUGAUUGACGGUAUCACGGGUCAGUCGCUGGUCAUAUUCACGUCGGCGCAACCAGUUCAAGGUCUGGGGCCAUCCCCAUUGAAGUUGAAAAAGAUUCUCGAUAUGGCGCCCAUUACGGUCACUGAUCAGACUCCAAUGGAAACGGUAGUCGAUAUGUUCAGAAAACUAGGUCUGCGGCAAACGCUAGUGACACAUAAUGGGCGUUUGCUUGGUGUUAUUACCAAAAAAGAUGUGUUGCGGCACGUCAAACAGAUGGAUAACGAAGAUCCAAAUACGGUUCUGUUCAAUUAGAUCAAUUGGCUUCCAUAUACUUCUUUUAUCUUAUACUUAAAACUGUGCAACAUCAUUCGUUCUAAGUUAAACCCGUAAUUAUGUUUUCUGUGGCUUUGAACAGUUGAACUAUCCUUGCGUAGACUGGGGUUUGAAUAAAUAUUCUCGCGCUAUACAGGGUAACGAACAGUUUUAAUUUUGAUAUUGAUACCCUCAGUAAACUCUUAAGAAAUAGUAACCUUAAACAUCCUAAUAGAAUUUUUGAAAAAUAGUGAACAAAAGAUAUCAUAUUACAUAUAUAUAUUUCUGUUAUCGGAUUUAUAAUAGUUUAGAAAUUAAUUCGAAUUAUAAUUUAUAUGCAAUUAAAACAAAUUAUGUUGAUACAUUGAUGCAGGCUGUUUAUUAAGUAUUAGAAGCAGAUAGGCUGUAGAACGACUCUGUUAAAGAAAUUUUAUACAAUGUUAGUCCAUUUUUGGUAUUUUGUAUAAUAAAACAAGAACACAUCAAAUUAACCCAACGCUGUUGGGUGAAGUUUGUACUCCUAUUCACAGCA